ACGGCAAGCCUGCCUCAUUCCCUUCUUCUGCCAGAGGGUAGAAGAGGAGGGCUGCAGGCAGCGUAUAAAAAACACCAGAGCAGUACCCAUCUUACCAUCCAGAUCAGAGUCAAGCCACAGACAGACAUGGUUGCCAAGGGCUGGCUGCCGUUUCUGCUGGUUGCCCUCUACCUAGGCAUCUUCGAUCAUCCCUGCGAAACUCAGGAGUUAAGAUGUCUGUGCAUUCAGCUAUGUUCCGAUUUUAUUCCUCGUAGCUUAACUAAGUAUGUCUGGGUGAUUCCCGAGAAUAUCUACUGCGACAGAAUGGAAGUCAUUGUCAUGCUGAAAAAUGGGACAUUAAUUUGCUUGGAUCCUGAUGCUGUAUGGGUGAAACGUCUUACCGGAAAUAUUAUGCAGAGCCCACAUCUAAGGCCCGCACAAGAGACUGAAUACCUACUGCAGAACGAGUUGUAUCUGCACCAUCGUCUUGAGAAUGCACAUUACCUAGCUUUUUCUUGAAGUUCACACACAUUGUGUCGGUUGAGGACUGGAAUGAAGCCCUCUGUCCAUUCAUUCUGGGGCCUCUUCCUGCUUUUCGGACUUGCUUAUGGAAAAGAGUGAUGAUUAUGUAGAAAAAAAAAUAAACCUUGAGUCUCACAUA